AUGGAUCCAAUCUCGAUAUUCGGCUUGGUGAUCGAGGUUGGCCAUGUCCUCGCCAGCGUGAUCAACUAUGCGCAGACCGUCAAAGAUGCCAAAUCAGAUAUUCGCAAAUUGAGCGAAGAGCUCUUUGCCCUCAAAGGGAUUCUGGAGCAUUUGUCGACUGGAAUCGGCGACAACUCUUCUGAUCCUGAAAAGCAGACCGAGCUGGAAUCAUCGUCGAUGAUGAUUGACAAGGACGUGAUGGCGCGCGUGUUGUAUACGACAAAUGAUUUCUUGCGCACUCUUCUCAGUGAGCUGGAAGAGCCGGCGACCAAGUUCAAAAAAUUGAAGCAGAAGUUGGAAUGGCCGUUCACGCAGGAUCAAUUCAAUGCGCACCUGGCUCGAUUGGAGAGGGUCAAGUCGUGGUUGAUCUUGGUGAUUACGGCAGAUGCGGCUGUGGUCGAACGAGAUUUGCAUCGCGAAGUGACCGAUUUGGCGAAGAAUUUGAAGGACGACCUGCGCCUUCGAAAGCAAGAAAGGAGGGAGAGAGAUAACUCCGCCCUGCUGAAAUGGAUCGCACCGAUCAGCCCGGCUGAUUCGCACAUUCGCGCAUCAAGCAGUCGACCUCAGAAGAUUGGGCAGUGGUUUACCAAAUCCUAUCUGAGAAUCUGGAUGCGUGAUACAUCAGAUGAAAGACGUGUUUUGUGUCUUGUCGGGAAAUCUGGAACCGGGAAAACUACGCUCUUUGCUCAGACCGUGGAGGAUCUGAUUGCCAUGGCCGCGCAUAAUCCAACGAGUUGCCUUGCCUAUUUCUACUGUACAAUCACCGACACUGCCUCCCAGAUCGCCGUCAAUGCGCUUGGCUCCAUCGCAAGCCAAUUAGCUAAGAGUAUUCCGGCUCUCUUGGACGAAAUCAGGUCGAUAUAUGAAGGGUUGCCCAAGAACCAAGUCCACAAGCCGCCAAUCAGCCUAUCUGGUUUGGAAGAUGCAAUUGUGAAACAUUCAACUGCAAUGUCCCAGAUUGUCAUUCUCGUCGAUGCCCUGAACGAGAGCUCGGAAACGGAAAAGAUGGAGCAGUCCCUACUCAAUCUGGCGCGUAGGGCUUCAAAUGUCAGAGUGAUCGUCACAACGAUAUCGACGAGAUUAUCUCCCAGAGAGGUCAAGUUUCUGAAUAUCCGAGCGGACACGAUGAAGUAUGACAUGAAGGCUGCCAUUCAGUACCGUCUCGAGCACGAUCAUGCACUACGAAAUCUAGCUCCAAGCUUUCAAGCUGAGAUUACCGAGACCUUACUUAAAAACGCCGAUGGAUCAUUCCGAUGGGUCCAGCUUUCUCUGGAUAACAUUUGUUCCCAGCGAACGGCCAAAGCGAUGCGCUUGUCGCUGUCGAACCUUCCGAGCACUCUGCGAGAGAUGUAUGUGAAUGCACUCGAACGUGUCGAUUCCAACGACGUUCCUCUCCUUCGCGACGCGCUAUUUUGGCUCAGUUUCGUGAAGCAGCCCCUCAGCCUGCGCAAAUUGAAUGAGGCCGUGGUCCUCGAGGAUGAUUGCACCAUCAUAGAUGAGGACAUGAUGCUUCACCCGUGGGAUAUCUUACUUCAGAUCGGCCAGGGUCUCAUCACGACCGAUCAGAUCGGCAACGUUAAUUUGGCCCACUCCUCCGUGAAAGACUUUCUGACUUCGGAGUGGAUUCGCAAUUCCAAAGUGAGCCAAUUUACUCUUGAUCCCUCCACCGCAGACGCGAUCAUGAUGCGCAAAUGUCUGCAAUACCUGUGCCUCGACAACUUCAAACACGGCUAUCGUGAGUAUCGCAAGCACACCAAGGUUCGCGCAUUCCUUCAAUACGCAGCUUACUUCUGGCCUGUCCAUGCGUCUGCCUGCGUCAUGGGAGACGCGGAGCGUGAUCUGGUCAAUCGCCUCUUUGCAUCGAGGGAACUCCCUCGCCGUGGUCAAUACGGCGUCUGGAUGGAAACCUUGAUUCCCGGCGUGGAGCCUGCAAUCGUGGAGAACACUGAUCCGCUCUACUACGCUGCCUCGUUCGGCAUGGCAUCUGUUGUCAAGGCUAUCCUUGCAUCUGACUCAACCGUGAAUGUCAACGCUCCGGGAGGCCGCGUGGGAGCAACGCCACUGUUCGCUGCCGCUUGGCGCGAGAAUAAUGAAGUGGUAGAGAUUCUGCUGCAAGCCGGAGCUGACCCCACGAUCGUUGACCCUGGGACGAGGAUGAAUGUGGUCGAGUUGGCUAACUGGAGACACUAUCGCCCUCUUCGAAACAUUCUGGCUUGCCAUAAUGUGGACCUUGAUCCGGAAAUCACAAAGUAG